GCUGUCAUGUGCCAGACUUUGAACCUAGCUUUGAUAGUACGGUGGCCCGGAGGUCAGAGUCUACUGAUGAUGCUGUGAGGGCUGAGCGUUUCUCUUUAGCUCGCAGGUGGUGGUCCUCUUUUCCUCGCUUCGCCGGAAACAAUGGCUGAUCCUUGGCAAGAAUGCAUGGAUUACGCAGUUACUUUAGCAAGAAAAGCUGGAGAGAUAAUCUGUGAGGCACUGAAGAAGGAAAUAGCUGUCAUGGUUAAAAGCUCUCCUGCAGAUCUGGUGACGGUCACUGAUCAGAGAGUGGAAAACAUGAUUAUUUCUUCUAUAAAAGAAAAAUAUCCUUCUCACAGUUUUAUUGGCGAAGAAUCCGUUGCAGCUGGUGCAGGGAGUAUUUUAACUGAUAAUCCCACUUGGAUUAUUGACCCCAUUGACGGAACUACUAACUUUGUUCACAGGUUUCCCUUUGUAGCAGUUUCCAUUGGCUUUGUAGUAAGUAAAAAGAUGGAAUUUGGAGUUGUAUUUAGCUGUGUAGAAGACAAGAUGUAUACUGCUAGGAAAGGGAAAGGUGCAUUUUGCAAUGGACAGAAACUUCAUGUAUCACAACAACAAGAUAUUACAAAAGCACUCAUAGUGUCUGAAUUGGGAUCCAACCGUGAACCAGAGGUUUUAAAAACUAUUCUUUCUAAUAUGCAAAAGCUUCUCAGCAUUCCGAUACAUGGGAUCAGAGCAGUUGGGACAGCAGCUGUAAAUAUGUGUCUGGUGGCAACAGGAGGAGCAGAUGCCUAUUAUGAGAUGGGGAUUCAUUGUUGGGAUAUGGCAGGAGCUGGAGUCAUUAUUACUGAAGCUGGUGGAGUUCUGCUUGACAUUUCAGGUGGACCAUUUGAUCUCAUGUCAAGAAGAAUCAUUGCAGCAAACAGCCAAGUUCUAGCAGAGAGGAUAGCCAAAGAGAUUCAGAGUAUCCCUUUUCAAAGGGAUGAUGCAGCACAUUAAACGUCACCCUUUCACUCUACCUUUGACAGGCCGUUGGUCUGUGUCUAUAAAAAUAGCUUUCAUUGAAAAGGACACAGUUUUGCACUUGAGUAGAGUAGCAGAUGAAUAUUAGUUUGGUCUUAACAUUUCAAAGCCUCGUACUUGAAUUCCUCUUUCUUCUCCUCUCCCCACAAGCUCCACACAUAUCCUGGUUUUUAUCUGUUGUUCAGUUUAGAAAGCAUUUAAAACUAUCACUGAGUGAAUAUUGUGAAUAUUUGUGAAGCUCUCAAGAAGUGGGGUGGAUUCAUCUGCUGGGUUUUCAUACAUAAUAUGUAUAGUGUGUAUGUGAUUAAUAGCUAUUAAGAGACACUUCAUUUCCAGACAGUGUUCUAGAACUUAUAGCAGUGCAUAAAAGAGAAUAUUAAAAAAAUUGGUCAAAAAUAUCUUAAGUACAGGUUGCUGGUCCACUCUGAUACACUCUGUGUAGUAGUAAAGCCAGAUAGACAUUUCCUCAGUAAAAAAAUGGCCCCAACUCUGAACUUUACUAAUAGAAACAGAGAUGCGAGGGAGAGUAAUAGCAGUGGAGAAUUGGCCUGUAGGUGGCAGAAGUGCUUAGCUCUUUUCUUGCCCAGGGAUUCUUCCCUGCAAAUACCUGUUCUUUUUUCCCUUCCCAUCCUCUCAGCUGUCUUAGCUCAAGCUGUCUUAUUCUGUUUUGAAGAUCAGCUGGGAAUUAAACUCUUGCCUGCCAAGUUUUCUUGGAAGAAAUGUCCUUUGCAUUACCCAAGUUCUGCAUGCACCAGCUUUGUUGAUUUUUCCCACAUUCCUGGGAAUAUUUAUUUGUUUUAUAUAGUACUCUGAUUAUUGAUACACGCCCAUUUUAAUGGUCCUCAGUGUACAAAGAGACACCAUAAUGCCACAGUUGAAGGCAAGGCCCUUCCAAAGUCAAGCACUUUGAAAUCAAUGAGAGUAAAAUGCCAGAGCAGAACAUAUGCUAACAUCUCUCCAUUGAAAUCAACAAGACUAAAAAUUGCCUAACUCUGGCCAGAGCGUAACUGCCGUUGGUUUUAUUUGCAGCAUUUAUCCUUUUGGGGAGGUUUUUUGUUCCUUCAUAGUGGCUCAGAAGUGUUUCUAAGAGGAGUUGGAAAGGAGUAGUAAAUUGUUUAGACCAGAGGUUUCCAACUCUGGCUCCCCAGAUGUUCAUGGACUAUGAUUCCCAUCAGCCCCUGCCAGCAUGGCCAUGGACAUAAAAAGAAAAACAAAAAGAGAAUGCCAUUGCUGAUUUACCAGUGUGGAAAUAUUUAGCUUUGUUGGCUUUGUACUGCAGAAUUGCAGCAUCAGAUGGUUUAUCAAAAGAUCCCCUUUCCCCAAUGUCUGAUUUUGAUGAGCUGGGGCAAAUUGGUGGGGUGGGCUACAAAUAUUGGGUUGGAUCUCCAGAGUGUUUACAUGGACAGAAGGAUUUCCACCUACAGAGAGUGGCUUUCUCAUCUCUUGCUGCAGGGGGCGCCUGUCCUCAAGGAACAGUAUUUGAGAAUGCAGGCAGGGGUAGUCAGAAGAUCACUGUGGGUAGAAACCCUCCUUUCCACAGAAACGGUCUGAUGGAUCCAAACAUUUGUGCCCACAUUUGUGAGCUACAGCUGUGAUUUGAGCUCAGGCCAUGACGGAUUGCUGUAUUGUGUUUAAGGUGCCGCAACAGUCUUCUGUUUGUUUUCUAGAUACAUACUGUACAUGGAUAUCUUGUUUGCUGUAAAAUAAUGAUUUAUACCAUUGAAUUAUACACUGGAGAGAUGACUGGAGAGCUUUGCAGUAUUCAAUAAAAUUGAGUUGAAUCAUAUACUAUAUAUAUUUAGUCUGGUGCUGCCAUCAGGAUGCUUUCAGUGUCCCACAUGCAGCCAUAUCCUUGUCACAAACCAGCUUGUGUUAUUAUGAUUCCUC